UUUCUGGAAUUUUUCAAGCUGUUUAAAGGCACAGUCAACUUAGUGUAUGUAAACUUCUGACCCAGUGGAAUUGUGAUACAGUGAUAAGUUAAAUAAUCUGUCUGUAAAAUAUUGUUGGAAAAAUUACUUGUGUCAUGCACAAAGUAGAUGUCCUAACUGACUUUCCAAAACUAUAGUUUGUUAACAAGAAAUUUGUGGAGUUUUAAUGACUCCAACCUAAGUGUAUGUAAACUUCCGACUUCAACUGUAGUUAAGUACAAGUUGACAAAAAUUUGAAUAGUAAAGUACAGAUACCCCAAAAAAUGACUUAAGUAGUAUUUUAAAGUUUUCUUUUUACUUAAGUACUUUACACCACUGCCACUGACUAGGGUGACCACAGUUAAAAUACCCAAAUGCGGGAUAAUGGGAUGAUUUUGCAGGACAUUGUAAUCUACAUUUUUGGGCAGAGGCAUCCUGCUUUUUCUUUGGUAAAUUUGUAGUGUUUGAAAUUUGUGUGUAAAAUGCAGGACAUGAUUGGUUGUGGGACAAAGGGACAAAAUGUGGGACUAUCCUGCCCAAUCCGGGACGUGUGGUCACCCUACAAACAAAUCAUGUCUUAUGAAGGAUCAGAUGGUACAAUAGGCUGCUGCUCUUGCUAGAGAAAGGUGUUAACUGUUGAUUUCUUUUGCAGCCCUGCUCACUGCUUUCAGGCAAUACAUUGGAAUGAAUGUACAUAUUAUCCAACACUUCAAUCUGGUCUAUUUAUCCAUGUUAACUGUUCACUGUGUUUGCCGUGUGUCUCUACGCCUGUUGGAAUAUUUGAUUAUUGUUUACGUUUAUGUUCUGAGGGGUUUACUACAAAGCAGGAUCGGUGAGUUAGCUUGCCUAAAUAUUCUGAAAUAACUUUGUUUAUUUAUGGGAAAGAUAAGCUUGAAAUGGGGAAUUGUCUUACUCAACAACCAAAAAACAAAUAUCUAAGUUAAGGCGUGUUAAUGACAAAAUCUGAAGAACAUACACACGUCCAGGUAUGUUUAGCAGGUGCUGGAGUUGUAGGUGAAUUCGUGACAAAGGAAAACGCUGCUGCUCCCAGGUGAUCUAUAUGGAUGUCUGAUGAAACGUUAUUAGAACAAAACCCACCUGGGAGCAUGAGCCAAGUGCUUUCUUAAUAAACCAGAAAAUCUAGUUAUUGAUCUUGUUUUAUGGUCCACAGUACCCCUCAGAUAUUUUAUGUAUUUAUUUUUUUACUCGUUGCCCCUGAGGUGACUAAAACGCUUGUAAAAACUGCCUUCAAUGUGUUUUCUAAUUCUGAAAUAAAAUUAUCCCAAAAGAAAAUAAUUUCAACAAACUACAAUCACCAAAAGAACUCAAAUGAACAGAUGAACAAAACAUUGCAUGAAUGAAAUGCACAAGAACUCAAACUCAGUUUUAUAGACAAUAUUAGAAACGUUUGACAAAAAAUAAUGUCUAAUUGAUCUAUGUUGCAGUCAAAUUAUGCUUCUAAAACAGUCACCACUAACACACCACAGAGGUCCACUACAAAGCAGGGUCGAGUUAGCCAGUUUGCUUGCCAAAAUAUUCUGAAAUUACUUAUUUAAAAAAAAAAAUUAAGAUACAUUUGAAAUGGGCAUGAUACCCUGAUGUAGACAGUUUUUAAAGCUAUUAAAACGUAAUAAAUUGUUAUGUCUGUCUGAUUACAGCCAAACCAAUACCAUUAACGUUAUGAUCAGUAUCCAGGUUUCACCAGUAGGAGGCAGUAUAUUUAUAUAUACUGUAGUCUAUCCACGGCGUAGCGUGAAGUUGCCCCUAGACGCUGAUCUGGGGUCAGUUUAGCAUCCCCCCUCACUAAUGGUUAAGGUUAGGAUUUGGGGCAGGGGAAGCUGAUUCUAGAUCUGUACCCUUUUUUAUUUUUAGGCGAGUUGUAUCAACACUUAUCUUGAGUCAUCUCUAGGUUAAUGUUUGACAUGAAGUGAACCCGCUGUAAGUGUUACACAGUAUUAAACCUAUAGGGUCCCCACUGUAUUUCACGUCAUCUGAGCUGCGGACACUGUAAUGAACGUGUGUCUUGUUAAAUACUGUCGUUCAGAAACCCUCAUUUAUCAGUAUAAUUAGCCUGUUAUUUAAGGGGGGGGGGGGAGAAUGGAACAGGUGCAUGAACGGAGAUGAAAGAUGUGAUUAAAACAGAAAGCGUGUGUGUGUUGUCCCCCACCUGUCCGCCAGGGGACCGGUUUCCCGGUACCAUUACGUCCGCUCCGUGUCCACACUAAUCCUUCGGUAGACGUCAGGAAUGGCCGACCGGGACAGCAGCAACGCAUCCCCAGAGACACAAGUCUCUGACUCUCAGACCAAAGCAGAGGAGAGGAGAUGGUCUGGUCAGACCCAGUCCUCCACCCCAACCGUAACUCUUUCACCGACUCCCAGCAACAAUGCUGCUAACAAACCAGAGCCGUUGGUCCUCAAGAUCGACGAGCGACAGAGACUGGCCCGGGAGCGUCGAGAGGAGAGGGAGAAACUGACCGCUGCCAGGGAGGCUGCGUGGCAGGAGAGAGAGGAGAGGGCCAGACACCACUAUGACAAACACCUGGAGGAGAGGAGGAGGAAGAUGGAGGAACAGAGGAUGAAGGAGGACAGGAGACGAUCCGCUGUGGAGGAGAAGAGAAGACAGAACCUGGAGGAGGAGAAGGCCCGUCAUGAGGCGGUGAUGCGUCGGACGGUGGAGAGAAGUCAGAGAGCCAAACACAAACCCAACCGCUGGUCCUGGGGCGGAGCCCUGCCUGGGAACACACCCACCACACCCGGGGGUUUUGUCGAGUCAUCGUUCCUCUAUCCCCUCGACCUAGCGGGGCUGGAGCACCAUCUCCAAGGUGCAUUCAGUGUCUACCGCAGAUACGGCCUGAGCCACCAAUAUGCUGACAGGCGGUCUGUGUCGACCGUGAACCUUUCCAAACAUGCAGCUGAUCCAGUUAUAACCAAGAGACUGUCCUACUCCUCUGCGACACUCUUACAUUCUCCAGACAGAGUGUUACAGAAAAGGACCUCCUCUUCGCCCUUACUUAACAAAUCACAGUCCAAACUCCGCCUACCAGGGGGAAAGACCGCCCACUACAAAUCCCAAGGCAUGCGUUGUAUGCCGUUGACCCCAUGGGAGAACACCGUGGUCAAUCGUCUGCUACAGCCCACACACUCCUACCUGGCACGCAGCCGUAGCGCCAUGAGCCUGUCUGGAGACACAGGAGGCAUGCCUGUAUGUCCUCGCUCAGUGUCCUGCCACCCCAUGGGAUCUAUGUCCUUCAAGUCCAUCCAGUCCCAGCCUCUGACCGUCUGCCGCAGUCAAGAGCCACGCCUCCCCAGGGACAUGACCAACCGCAGGAGGACCACCGGCAACACACCGGAUAAGCAUAAGGACUUUGUCAGGAAGUCUUGGAGCAACCUCUCCCUGCCUCUGACCACACCUCCUCUGACCACACCUCCUCUGACCACGCCGCCUCUGACCACGCCUACUGCCAAGAGGUUCCGGUCACCAGGGAAACAGCAGAGUAGUGUGACAGCGCCCUCACCUGGCAGACCCCCCCAGAAACUGUCCCUUCCUCCAUCCAGACCCCCCCCAGAAGCUGUCCCCUCGCCCCUCCACCCCCAAGCAGCUACGGUCUCCCAUUGGAGAGGACUUGGGGAACCUCAGGCCCAGUAGGACAGUGCCAGAGAGUCUGUCUCUGAUUGGACUACAGGCAGGAGGACCUGAGAGAGACCAGGGGGCUAUGACCCCCUCCCAGCCCCGCCCCCCAGAGCCUGGGCCAACCCAAAGCCAGCACAGACACGAAAGACACACUGUCAGCCGUCAGCGAGAGUGUGGGCAGUUCCCAAGCCCAUAAGCCUACUGCAGGCACCACAGACCCAGAGGAGGCUACACGAGUCCUGGCAGAGAAACGCAGACAAGCCCGGGAGCAGAGGGAGAGAGGGGAGGAGAGGAGAGGUAUACAGGAGGAGGCAGAGAGGUGUGGUAAGGCUGAGGAGAGACAGAGGAGAGAGGAGGAAAGAAGGAGGGCGGAGGAGGAGGAGAGAGCCCAGCAGGAGAGAGAGGAGGCAGAGAGACUGCAGAAACAGAGAGAGGAGGAGGAAUGUCAUCAGAGGGAGGAUGCAGACAGACUGAGGAAGGAGAGAGAGAAACAUUUUCAGAAAGAGGAGGCUGAAAGGUUGGAGAGGAAGAA